UCCAUCGUAACAUUUAAAAAAGAUUGACCAUCAAAAUUGACAUUGUAAAAUCCUGAUUGUUCUGGAAUCCCAACCCACCAUUGAUUGAUGGCUUGCAUGACACGUGCACUUAUACCAAACUCAUUAAAAUGUAUCACUUGUAAUAUCACCAAUAAUAGUACGACUACUUCUGUUACAAAAAAGCCUCAUCUGCCUAACACCAUAUCCAGAAGUAGAAGGUUGUCAGUAUUAUCAAUGGCGGAUUCCAAUCGUAGCACUGUUCUCGUUACUGGUGCUGCUGGCAGAACUGGUCAAAUAGUUUAUAAGAAGUUGAAGGAGAGGUCAGGCGAGUAUGUUGCUAGAGGUUUCGUUAGAAGUGAGGAAAGUAAGGAGAAAAUCGGUGGAGCAGAUGAUGUUUUCAUUGGCGAUAUAAGGAAUGCCGAAACUCUUGCUCCUGCUAUUCAAGGGAUCGAUGCUCUUGUGAUUCUCACAAGUGGAGUCCCUAAAAUGAAACCUGGGUUUGACCCAACUAAAGGUGGAAGGCCCGAAUUCUACUUUGAAGAGGGAUCAUACCCUGAACAAGUUGAUUGGGAAGGACAGAAGAAUCAAAUAGAUGCUGCUAAAGCUGCUGGAGUGAAGCAAAUUGUUCUGGUUGGAUCCAUGGGUGGAACAAAUUUGAACCAUCCGUUAAAUAGCUUGGGAAAUGGGAAUAUACUGGUCUGGAAGAGAAAGGCUGAACAGUAUUUAGCAGACUCUGGGGUUCCAUACACUAUUAUUAGGGCUGGGGGUUUGCAAGACAAGGAAGGUGGUGUGAGGGAGCUGCUAAUCGGAAAAGAUGACGAGCUUCUUGAGACUGAUACCAGAACCAUUGCAAGAGCAGAUGUGGCUGAAGUCUGUAUUCAGGCACUGCAGUUUGAGGAGGCACAAUUCAAAGCAUUUGAUCUUGCGUCCAAACCCGAGGGAACUGGAACGCCAACAAAAGACUUUAAGGCCUUGUUUUCCCAAAUCACUACUCGGUUUUAAGGUUGAGAAUUUCUUGACUUGUUCUUCCAUCUAGACACAUAAAAUGUUUGCUACAAGGAUUGUCCUAUUGUUAUUAAUUGUUGGUCAUAUUGUUGGGAUUCAUUGAAUCAUGGUCAAUGUUGGAUACUAAUGAGUUGAAUGAGUUGUAAUAAUUUCGGAUUUACUGCA